GAAUAUCGAUACUUAUUUCCUAUCCUUAUUUGCCUUAUUCCUAACUGUCAAAGUGAAAAUCCUUUUUAUUUAUUUGGUUAUCCAUGUUCCAUCAAAAAUCGAAGAAAAAGCCACCUCCAAGGCCUCCACCUCCGAAUUUUAUGAAAUACAAGAGUAAGUCGUCGUAUAACCUAACUCAAAGGACUCCAAAUUUGAUCGAAUGGAGCCCCCCAAGUUCACCAAAACCAGAACGUACUCACCAGUUUGGAGGAAGUGUCUCAAGUUCAUACAGUAGCAGUACUAGCAGUCUAAGUUCUAGUAAAAAAAGUUUAGAGAAUGAUAAUUCUCUAUUUAAUAUAAAUGCGUCAACAAUAAAUUGGUUAAGCAAUACUUCCAAUAUGCAAGUAAAGGAGACUACAAAUGCUGCAAAACCAAGAAUAAUUCGUGCAGCUCCUCCAAAGAAGUGCAAAGAGGAAGCAGCAACUAAUGGGUCACCACCAAUGCCAAAAGUGCCUCCUCCAAGUCCCCCAAAAGGAGGUUUUGACGUUAUAACACCAUAUGGGAUUGCUUUGUUUGAUUUUCCAGCUACACAACCUGGCGACUUGUCACUACAGGUCAAUGACGUAGUGGAACUAAUAAGAAGAGUUAAUAGUGAGUGGUUGUAUGGAAAAGUUUGUGAUAAGGAAGGAAUAUUUCCUGAAAAUUUUAUUCAAAUCCAAGUGCCUUUACCUGGUGAAGACCAAAUAGUUACAGUUUUAUAUGAAUUUACGCCUCAGAUGGCAGGAGAUUUGCCUUUAAAACCCGGACAGAAAGUCAAAGUUAUCAAAAAAGUGUCCGAUGAUUGGCUUUACGGGGAAUGCAACGGCCUGAAAGGACAGUUCCCAAAGAAUUUUGUUUCUUAAGUUAACUGUCUUGAGUAUUACCAUGUGAUUGUCCACAUAUUAAAUGUGAUAAUUGUGCCUGAAUAGGCCUUAAGUUUUGUAAAUCUGUUUUUGUUGAAAUAAAUGUAAAGUAUUUUUUUAA